AUGAAUUAUGUAAUUAAAUAAACAGACUUAUUUUUAAGGGGACUAAAGACUUGCCACUCAAUUGAUUAGAACUUGUAUUGUUACUUUUCCACUAAUGGAAUUUUAUUGUUGAAUAAUUAUCAAUAAUUUGAAGAUGUUGAUGCUAAAAAGCCCACAUUUUUUUUUUAUCUCAAGUCAAACUCAUUCGAAAAACUUCAAACUAAUUCAAUUCAUUAUAAAAUGCCGUAAAACUUGUCUCCAGAUGUCUAAAUUAAACUAUAAAAACUAAAUGCCUCUUUGGAUAAAUUAGUUUUCGAAAUAAACAUACUAUAGCUAUAUACAAGUUUAAAACCCUUUAAAAAAUAAAUCAAAAAAAUAGAGAUUUAAGUUUAUUACACUAUUUCCCAAUUAAGAGUCUUACAAAAAUUUAAGAUGAUUGUAUUUUUCAAGGAUUCAUUUUUUACUAUUGAAUGCCCAAUCAUUUAAUUAGAUGAAAUUGAGUAAAUGGAAUCUAUCAGAAAAUAUAUGGAAAAAAGAAAACACUUGGAAGUAUUGGAAGUUGAUCCAAAAAUCUCAGAAUACUUGAAUGAUUUCAAUUAAAAAGAAGCAAUUUAAUUGAUAUUGAAAAAGAACAGCAUUGAAAUUCAUUUAAACAGUGAAAAGUAGGAAACAUCUCUUGAAUUAAAUAGUGGGUUUUUAACUUAAUAUAAGUUUGAUGAUUUCUUUAACAUUUACAAAAAUGUUAAUACUAUCAAUAUAGAACCGAAUGUUUUAACUCCUUUUCAUGGAUACGGAUUCAAAGUCUCAAUUUCUAGAGACAGUGAUCAAAAAUCCAGAAUAUUUAUUUCUCAAGAUUGGCAAGAUUAAGUUAGUAUGGUUUUGAAAUCCAUUACAACUCUUAUUAACAAGAUAAAGGUCAUCUCCAUUUUAGAUGAUGAUCAUAAUGAUGAUGAAUUACUCGACAUUAUAGCUGAAUAUUAGGUUGAUAGAGUACAGGAACAAGAGUCUAUUAUGGAAGAUGAACAAAUAUAAGAACAAUAGAUAAGAAAGAAAAUAAAAAUGAAUUUUAAAAAUUGA